AUGUUGGUAGAGAAAUUGCACAUUGAAAAUUCACGAACUUUAAUUGAUUUAGCGAAAUAUAUCGCCGAUAUGUUUUGUCUUCUCCUUUUUUGUUCAUUUCCUAUGGUCAAUUGUAGCAGCGCGGAAAUUAAUCGUCAUCUUGAAAUGGGCAAAGAAUUUUUGUCAAAAGGAUUAUUAGCUGAUGCAUUAACUCAUUAUCAUGCGGCUAUUGAGCUUGAACCGGACAAUUACAAAACGUUAUAUUUGAGAGCAACAGUCUAUCUUGGAAUGGGAAAGUCGAAAGCUGCAGUACCAGAUCUUAAUGCUGUUCUCCAGUUAAAACCAGAUUUUAUUGCGGCUCGUAUUGAACGUGGUAAUGUUCUGUUGAAACAAGGAGAUUUAAGAGGAGCUGAACGGGAUUUCAAGGAAGCAUUAAUUCAUGAUGAGAGCAGUCGGGAACUAGAAUCGAAAUUGGCUGUUGUUUCAGAGGUUAAACAUCAUAUGGAAAAAGCAAAUGAUCUUUUUGUAAAUAAUGAUUGUAUAAAUGCAGAAAAAUAUUAUACAAGUAGUAUCGAGGUAUGCCAAUGGAACGCUGCAUUAUAUGAAAGAAGAGCUAAAUGUUAUGUUAAAAGUGGUAAUAUUAUGAAAGCGAUAAGUGAUUACAAGAUCGUUUCAAAACUUUCGCCUACUGAAACUGAUCCUUAUUUUACUCUUUCAAAAUUGUAUUAUGAUAUUGGUGAUGCUGAAGAAUCUCUAUCGCAAAUCCGUGGAUGUCUGAAAUUAAAUCCUGAUGAUGAAGCAUGUUUUUCUCAUUAUAAAAAGGUGAAAAAAUUGGUGAAAAUGCGCGAAGUCCUUAACGAAAAGGUACAAGCCAGUGAGUGGAUGGAAUGUCUGCAACAAGCUGAAAAAAUCUUACGCUUUGAGAAAAAAGUUCCGAAUGUGCAGCUGGAUGUAUUUAGACAAACUUGCAAGUGCAACUUGCAUGCUGGUCAUGCUAUGGAAGCAAUCACUGAUUGUACAGAAGUAUUAAAGAAUGGUAAUCCAAAUGAUCUACAUGCUCUUUGUGAUAGAGCUGAAGCGUAUUUGCUGAAUGAGCAAUAUGAUGAAGCAAUCGAAGACUAUCGUUCUGCUGUAAAUGCGCAUGAAGAUUCGAGAAGAGCGAGAGAGGGUUUAAACAAAGCUCAAAAAAUGAAGAAACAAGCUGGCAAAAAAGAUUACUAUAAAAUUCUCCGAGUUAAGAGGAAUGCCAAUAAACAAACAAUAUUGAAAGCCUAUAGGAAAUUAGCUAGUCAGUAUCAUCCAGAUAAUUUUCCCGAUGAAAAAGAAAAGAAACAAGCAGAAGCCAAAUUUCUCGACAUUGCGGCCGCUAAAGAGGUGUUAACCGAUCCAGAAAAACGAGCAAAAUUCGACCAAGGUGAGGAUCCACUGGAUCCAGAACAGCAGCAAGGUGGCUUCCAGCAUCCAUUCUAUGGAGGUUUUCCUUUUGGUGGUGAAGGUUUUUCUUUCAAAUUCCACUUUGGUUAA